AUGACUUGCGUUUUCCCUUUGUCUGUUGCGGUGUAUAUACACCCAGUGUUGUUCUCUCGUGCAUUCCGAUUCGUGGAGAGCCGAUACAACAGAAGGAAACCGGCGUCGGGACUGCUUGCUUCGGACAGACAUCUGGAGCCGCUGUUCUUGUCACAUCUUUGCUGGGCGUUUCUCGUGGCGGAGAUGCACCAUAAGCCUUUCUUUUCCAACCUUCUGAACAUGGCCUUGGCGAAGAUGCCGCUCAGAUUCCAUGGUUGCGUUGCUGCAGAUGAGGGGGUCCCCUCCCUAGACCAACAAUUAGUCCAGGUGGCAGCAGUAGCCCCCUCCGAGUUUGCUGCUGGUGGACCUGCGCCGUGGUGCAUAAGAGACAUUGCUGUGAUAAGGGCAGUACAGCAAAACAGCACAAGUGGCUCAUACGCUGCUGCUAAACGUUCGGACGUGACCCCAGGGGAUCUUGCUGCGCCCGCAAGACGAGCGACGAGCGAAGACAGCUUCACUCUAACUCCUCUUGAUUGCAUCACAUACCGUAACCACUGCGAUCCUGCAAUUCUGCUGCAGCAGGUUUGCCGGCUGCUGCAGCUUGAGGCACCGCAGUUGGAAACAACGCUGGAGCAGCAGCAACAACAAACCUUUAAAGCUUAUUGUGGUGCUGUUAUUAGAUGGAGAGGGAGCAGACAAAGUUCUCUUCGGGAGUUUCUUGAAGAGGUUAAAGUUGCGGCAAGCGAUGCUACACUUAAGUGGAGUGUAGCAGGGGAAGGUGCCAUUCAAUCAGCUGCGCCGGAGUUUGGGCAUCAGUGGCCGCUGUCUGAGGUGUGCCUUUGGGUCCAGGGAGUACCGCUGGUGCUCCUGCUCGAGACUGAGGGGCUAUCGCUCAACGCCACCCCUGAAGAUGCAAUGAGAAAUUACAGCACAGGAUACAAGUAUUUGUUGCUAAGAGCUUUCAGAGCCCUUGGUGUUUCCAAGAUCCUCUUCAUCAACUCUCAGGAAUGGCAGGGAGCCAAAGGACGGCAACAGAAGGCUUGUUUGCUCCGCCAAAAAUUCGCCGUGUGA